AUGUCUCAGGAAGUUGACUGGUUACACAGUCAGGCAGGUGUGUGUAAAGUAGACCUCUACAACCCUGAUGAACAGAAGGACCAGGACCGGAAAGUGAUCUGUUUUGUAGACGUCUCCAGCCUGAAUGUAAAAGACAAAGAUUCAAAAGCAAAGAAAGCUGCUAGCCAGUCCAGCAGCAUCUCUGAACCUUCAAAUGAACUUGAUCUGGGAAAUCUGGAGGAAAAAGAAGUCAUUGUAAUAAAGGACAAUGAAAAGCAUGAUCAUUCUAAAACUGAAGGAGCAGUAUGUCUUUUCAAACAAGGUUCAACUGAUGAACUCAGCGUUGUGAGCUGGCUCAACGAUGACCUUCAGAAAUAUGCAGUUGGAUUCCAGCAUGCACUGACCCCUUCAGAUGCCCCUCAGAAACACAAAGUUAGCGAAACCUUCCAUGAUCCAUCGUUGUCCCAGAACAGUGACACAUCUUUAAAGUCUGCCGGUGCCCAAAAGGGAAAGAGAGAUCCAGAUGAUGUUUCAUACUAUGUAAAUAAGCUCUGUUCUUUGGUUGUUCAAAUGGCACGUAAAGAGAUCACAGAUAAAUUGGAAGGCACUGCCAGUAAGUUUAUACGUCAGGGGAUUCAUGGUUCAGCUGGUGAAGGGAAAAAUAAUUCCCAUGGUUCUGUGAGCAAAAUUGCCUCACAAAUGGUGAAUGAAGCCGUUGAAGCAAGCACACAGGACCCCCAGGGUAAACUACCAUCCCCAAGACCAUCUCAAGAAAAGACUACCAAGAAGGAAGAUACUUCAGGUUCAAAGAGAACAUCACUCUUCUAUGGUGAGAUGUCUAAUCAAAAUGGUUGUAAACAGGGAGGAAAGCCUGGAGAUAAACAAAUGUGUCAGCAAGCAAAACAGUCUGGGCAGGAUGAUUCUGGUACUUCUGUAAGCAAAGGGUUAAUGGUUUAUGCAAAUCAGGUUGCUUCAGACAUGAUGUUCUCAUUCAUGAAGACCAUGAAAGUCCAAAGAAAGGAUGGUAAGACAACCCCAGCUUGUGUAGUUUUGAAGAAAGUAAUCCUCAAACAUACCAAAGACGUCAUAUCAGACUUGAUAGACUCAACCAUGAAAAAUCUGCAUAAUGUCACAGGGGUGCUCAUGACAGACUCUGAUUUUGUUUCCACGGUGAAAAAGAAUCUAUUCAACAUAGGAAGCCAAAAGUCUACUGAAAUUUUGGAAGCAAUGGUGAAACGCCUGUUUAAAGCCCUAGCAGGGGAUGAUAAGCAGUCUAGGUCUCAAAGCCUAGCAUACACAUCACUUAAAACAGGCUCCCAAGACAGCAAAUCUCAAGGCAUGCAAUUUACAGCAAUGAAAAGUGAAAUGCAUAAUCAAGGGAAGGACAAAGACCGAGGAGCAGGCAAGUGUCAAUCAUCAUCAAGCAAAGCUUCGGAAAAGCAUUGCUCAAUGGAUAAGUAUGCAAAAGACCUCAUUGUGACUGCAUUAAUGUUGAUACAACAACAUCUAUUACAACAGACAAAUGGCAAAGACUCAGCACGUGAAUCGGGCGCCACUUCGUUUGGAUAUGUUUCUCGUGAUUCUCAUUUUGAAAAGGCUGGGAGCAGCCAUAGUUCCAAGUCCCUUUCAAUGGCUGCUGGAUCAAGGCACACAGGGGCAAAGAAUGACCACCAACAACUUGACUCCCAAAAGGGGGACAUAUCAAGUAUCCUGUUAUCAAUCAUCCAGAAGGUCUUACGUGAGGCUGGUUUCAAUAUAGAUGACAAUUCCAGUGAAACAAACAGGAAUUAUAGAGAUGCUGCCACCACUGAUAGCAAGUCCAGCAAAAAGUCCUUAUCUAAACAGCCCAAUUCAUCCAUGGAUCAGUUUGACAAUAUGGAUCAGGUGAACAAGCAAUUUAUUGAUCAACUGGUGGAAUCUGUGAUGAAAUUAUGUCUAUUCAUGGCCAAAAACAACAGCCCAGAUUUAGCUAUAGGUGACCUGUUGGAUGAACAAAAUGCGUUCGGUGCUUCAUCCUCAAAAACGCCAGCAGUACCCAGGAGAACUUCACAAUCCAAGGGUAAUGGAAAACAGUUAUCAGGUUCAUUAUCUGGUUCUGAAGUGAUAGUGAACAACCAGAAUGCCAACAGCAGCUCACUGAACAAAGAACUCCAGGCUAUCCUCCAGUGGAUGGCUGCUUCCCACUUCAACGUGCCCAACCUGUCAUUCAUGAACGAAAAUGAAGGGGAUUUGAAGAAGCUUCCUCUGUUGGCUGAAAAAGCAGCCAAGAAGGGCUACAGCGUUGGGGAUAUUCUCCAAGAGGUAAUGAGGUACUUUGAAAAACAACAGAUGGCUGCUGCUGUGGGAAAUAUGCCUCGUUGUGGGCUGAUGGACUGGUUGCUUGCUACCCUGUAA